AUGCCGGCCCUUUUCUUGGCGGUUGUUUCAUGCUGCUUCUUUCACCUCGGUUCUGCGGAGAUGCCCAGCGAUAGCGAGGUGUCCACUGAGGCGGAACUCGUUUUCGACCCAGCGAAUCAUUCGAUCGCCUGGUCCAACUUCAUCUCCUGCUACUGGGGCGUAUUCUGUAAUGGCACUGUCGUGCUCGAGGAAGGUCGCCCAGUUUGUGAUGGAAGCCUUCAAUGCAUGAGUGCCGGAGAAGGUGGGGCAGGCAGCAUCGCGCCCUACCAGUCGCAGGUCCAGACAGAGAUGGACGAUGCAUCUCAGACCAGCUCAGCACAGUCAAGUCUCCUUGUCUGCCACCACGGCUCGUAUUGCUGCGGCAGCUGGGAGUGGAACAAGGGCCGGCGUCAGUGUAAGGGUGGCCUUCGAUGCCAGACCCCCGGAGGUAAAUCUCGGCCCAAGGAGCUGGCUGCUCCCCGGCUAAGAGGAGCUGAGAAAAAUACUCAGGGUGCUGUGAAGAAGGUUGAACAUGAGAGGCAUAUGGUGGACGAAGGCAACACGACCCUUGCAGUUGCCAACUUCCUGCUCUGCUGGUAUGGCUCUUACUGCCCAAGCUCAGAGCCACAUGGUCAGGAUCCCUCUGCGUGUUCAGUGAGCUUGGCCUGCCUCGGCCCGGCUGCAGGGACGACUUCGAACUCAUCGUCUGCAGAUGACUCGGCAGCCGCACGUCCAAGAGCUCGCCUGGUCUCCUGUCCUUUCGGAACGGCGUGUCAGGGCGGAUGGUACCUGGAAGACGGCACCAAGAAGUGCCGCGGGGUGAUUUCUUGCACAAGGCAAGCUGCGGGCGAUGGAGAUCAGGGUCCUCUGCUCGCUGCGCUUGCUGAUGACACCGCUACAGUGGAUCUCACGGAGGCCCCGAGCUACCAGUUGUCCUGCCUCGCGCAAGCUGCUGCGAAGCUGAGGCUGAGGGCCCCCGGUCUUCUCUCUGCCGCCGCAGACGCAACCCGAAGGCGCGCAGAGGCCAUGGCGCUCACCACGCAGGACUGCGCCAUAGCUGCCCGGGGAUUCGCUGCCCUUGGAGUGGCGGAG